CAGCCUGCUCUCUUUUGUCUUUCUGUGCCGUUGUUCUUUCGCUUUAUGCUCUUUGGUUUUCGCAGUCAUGGCGUCGAUAAAUGCGGUCGUUUCUAUCGCUCUGCUUUCCCUACUGCAAAUCACAUCAGUAGCAGCAACAUACCCACACCCAAAUCCAUACCACUCACUCCCACCCGCAUACCUAACACCCAUCCUUGUCACAUCCGCAUCGACGACUGCAAAUCCCUUCUACCCAUACCCAACUUCACCCUCGCAAAACUGCUCGGACGGCGUACCGAUAUCGACACCGAAUGUCUAUCCCACACCGCCCACGCCGUAUUCCUGGACAUACAAUCUGCCUGGGACCGCGAGCCAGCCCAGCGUGUACACCGCACCGAGCGGAGCGACGAAUGGGACCUACCACCCGCCGACCUUGACGCCAGAGAGCAGGACGCCGAAGACGGAGGUGCACACUACUUCUCUGUCGCUGUAUACGACGAUUGCGUCGAGUUCGGAAGAGACUGCUGCUGUGAGCUCGGGGGCUUCGACGCCGGCGACAGGCGAGACCACUACGACUGCGCAAGGUGCGACGCCGACGCAAUCGGAACCAUCUGAGCCACUGUUCACCGGGAGCGCAUUGCGAGUGCCCGACAUGUCUGUCUGGAAAUGGAAUGUGGUGGUUAGCCUAAGCCUCGGGCUGAUGGUGAUGUGGAUAUGAAAUGGCCACGAGGAGACGUCUCCUUUUCCGUUUGUGUAUGUAUUUGGCGUUGAAGGAGAUAAUGUAAUAUGGAAAAGAAAGUUGGGAGGAUACCCCGUGGCCCUAGGAAGGGAUCUGGAAUAGACUUUGGCCUUGAACGCACUGCUUGUAUAAUAAAUAAUGGAGGAGAUUGGUCUGAAUACCCGUAGAUGCAAUGGUGCGAAAGACGGAAUCCAGAGGAGCGGCUUCUGAAAUACUCCAAUUCUUCUACUCGAUACACCUCG